ACGUACGACGUUGAUGUGACCCACAAAGUGACGUUCACCGUGCAAAUUGGCAAUGACACCGCCGCCAUUUCCCAACUGGUGAUUGGCCUUUUUGGAAAGAUCGCUCCAAAAACUGUGGAAAAUUUCGCCGUGCUCGCCUCUGAGGCGGGCUUCCAGGGCAAGUCCUACAAGAACAGCACCUUCCACCGGGUGAUUCCCUCCUUCAUGAUCCAGGGCGGCGACAUAACCAGCGGCGAUGGCCGGGGCACCUUCUCCAUCUACGGAGAGAGCUUUGAGGAUGAGAACUUUGUGCUGAACCACGGUCAGGCGGGCGUGCUGAGCAUGGCCAACGCCGGCAAGGACACCAAUGGCAGUCAGUUCUUUAUCACUCUGGUGCCGACGCCCUGGCUGGACGGCCGGCACACCGUCUUCGGUGUCGUCCUCGACCGAGCCAGCCUCGAUGUCGUCUUCCGAAUUGGCAGCGUCCAGACGGACAAGGAAGACAAACCGGUGGAGGAGGUUCGCAUCGUCCACACCAAAGUGGAGGAGGUGCAGGAGAAGGCGACACUGGAAUAG